GUUGAAGGGCGGGCGGGCGGGAGGCGGGAGGCUCGCAGAGGCAGAGGGGAAGAGGGCGGGAGCGAGCACAGGAGAAAGGAGAGGAGGGAGGAGGCGCGCUGCGCCAUGGUGUCCUGUGCCGGGCCACGGCCAGGGCCAGGGCCGGGCCAGGCCGGGCCAUGAGCCGCUCCGGGAACUGGGACAUGGACGGGCUCCGCGGGGACGGUGGGGCCGCCCCCGCCUCCUCUUCCUCUUCCUCUGUGGCGGCGGCGGCGGCAGCGGCAGCGGCAGCGGCGCCGGGCCAGUGCCGUGGCUUCCUCUCCUCGCCCGUGUUCGCCGGGACACAUUCGGGGCGGGCGGCAGCGGCUGCAGCGGCGGCAGCGGCAGCAGCGGCGGCCUCUGGCUUUGCCUACCCGGGAACCUCGGAGCGCACCGGCUCCGCCUCGUCGUCAUCUUCGGCUGUGGUCACGGCGCGCCCGGAGGCUCCCCCAGCCAAAGAGUGCCCGGCGCCCGCCGCCGCGGCGGCGCCCCCCGGCGCUCCAGCGCUGGGCUACGGCUACCACUUCGGCAACGGCUACUACAGCUGCCGGAUGUCGCACGGUGUGGGCUUACAGCAGAACGCGCUCAAGUCGUCGCCGCAUGCCUCCCUAGGCGGUUUCCCGGUGGAGAAGUACAUGGACGUGUCGGGCCUUGCGAGCAGCAGCGUACCGGCAAACGAGGUGCCGACGCGAGCCAAGGAAGUGUCUUUCUACCAAGGCUACACCAGUCCCUACCAGCAUGUGCCCGGCUAUAUCGACAUGGUGUCCACUUUUGGCUCCGGGGAGCCUCGGCACGAAGCGUACAUCUCCAUGGAAGGCUACCAGUCCUGGACGCUGGCCAACGGGUGGAACAGCCAGGUGUACUGCGCCAAGGACCAGCCCCAGGGUUCUCACUUUUGGAAGUCAUCCUUUCCAGGGGAUGUGACCCUCAAUCAGCCGGACAUGUGUGUCUAUCGACGGGGAAGGAAGAAGAGGGUGCCUUACACCAAACUGCAGCUCAAAGAACUGGAGAACGAGUAUGCCAUUAACAAGUUCAUUAACAAGGACAAGCGGCGGCGCAUUUCGGCUGCCACAAACCUAUCUGAGAGACAAGUGACCAUUUGGUUUCAGAACCGAAGAGUGAAGGACAAGAAGAUAGUCUCCAAGCUGAAAGAUACUGUCUCCUGAUGUGGGCCAGACUGGCCACAGACCGUUCUGAUGCCUUCACUAGUCUCCAAAAGACCUUCGGAAAGACUUGAAUAUGUAUUUAAGUUCCCACAUCCCCUGCCAAUGAUGGCAAAUUUUGUGAAUUGUUUUUCUCUCUUCCCCUUAUGUGGCUCUGAAACCUUUUGCUGCCCAACCAGACUUUGUAGUUCUGUUCCUUACAUGUUUAUUAAUCAUUUUGUUUUUGUCCCGGUAUUUUGUUUUGUUUUGAAUGUGUGUGUGCUUUUUU